AUGCCUGACGCAAUUCUUGACGAUAUCUCUCAUCGACGGUUUAAUCCACUUCGCGGAUCAUGGGUACUAGUUUCUCCUCAUCGAACUAAGCGACCUUGGCAAGGUCAACAAGAAGAUGCUUUCAAGAAUGAAAUGCCCGAGUACGAUCCAAAGUGCUAUCUAUGCCCCGGCAAUCAACGUGCGCAGGGCGACUCAAAUCCAAAAUAUGAAAACACCUUCAUGUUUGUCAAUGAUUAUUCGGCUGUGAAGGAAGAACAAGCCGAUUACCAUUCUCCAGAAGAGGAGAAUUCAUUGGCGUCAAGAUUCCUCAAAGCUGAGGGCACAAAAGGAAAUUGUUACGUUCUUGCCUUUUCUCCCAAACACAACCUCACUCUGGCAGACAUGUCUCCUCAAGCCAUUCUUCCGGUGAUCAAUACAUGGACAACCAUCUACACCGCUCAUCUCGAUCCGCAAUCUUCCCUCUAUCAAGCUGCUCAGAUCAACAAAACGGAGCAACAGUACGACCUGCCAAGCGUCGAUCGACCUUGUGAACAAUAUCGGUACAUGCAAAUAUUCGAGAACAAGGGCAGCGCGAUGGGCUGCUCGAAUCCACACCCGCAUGGGCAAGUCUGGACUACGACCUCCCUUCCAGAAGAGCCUGCCCUCGCUCUAGCGAAUCUGAUCGAAUACCGCAAAGCUCACAACGGUGCCCAUCUCCUCGAGGACUAUGCCAAGCUCGAAAACGAAAAGGGUGAGCGAACCGUUUUUGAGAAUGCAAGCUUCUGGGCUGGCUGUCCGUGGUGGGCGGUGUGGCCGUUUGAAAUUCUAGUCGUCUCCAAGAAACACAAACGUGCUCUCGUUGACUUUACAUCGGAGGAGCGACAAGCGCUGGCAGAGUGUAUCACGGAGGUGACGAGACGAUAUGACAAUCUCUUCGAAACGAACUUUCCUUACAGCAUGGGCAUCAUUCAAGCUCCGCUCACCGGCACCGAGGAGGAAUACGAAGCUUCUCACUUCCACAUGCACUUCUACCCGCCUCUUCUCCGCAGCGCCACUGUGCGAAAGUUCCUCGUCGGAUAUGAAAUGAUGGCCGAGCCGCAGCGCGACAUCACGCCGGAGCAAGCGGCGAAAAGGCUUCGAGGUUGUGCAGGAGAGUUGUAUCGGACGGCGAAGAAAGCGUGA